GCCUCGAAAGCCGACCUCCUCCCCCGACGACGCCGCUCCGUUCUUCAAUCUCCCCCGUCACAAUGGCGAGCAAGAUUUCACCUCUUCUCCGAUCUGCCCUCCGGCCGGCGUGCCGGGCAGCCCGCCCCCAGACCCGAGCCGCCUUCUCCCUCUCAGCCCGCCGACCGAGCGACUCCCUCAUGGUGCAUCGCAACACCAAGGACAACAACCCCGAGCUCCCCUUCAAGUUCAACGAGAAGAACCAGGCCGUGAUUGCCGAGAUCCUCAAGAAAUACCCCCCGCAGUACAAGAAGGCCGCCGUCAUGCCUCUGCUCGACCUCGGCCAGCGCCAGCACGGCUUCACCAGCAUCAGCGUCAUGAACGAGGUCGCCCGCCUCCUCGAGAUGCCCCCCAUGCGAGUCUACGAGGUUGCGUCCUUUUACACCAUGUACAACCGAACCCCCGUGGGCAAGUUCUUUGUCCAGAUCUGCACUACUACCCCUUGCCAGCUUGGAGGCUGCGGUUCAGACGUCAUCGUCAAGGCCAUCAAGAACCACCUCGGCAUCAAGCAGGGCGAGACCACAGCUGACGGCCUCUUCACCAUCCUCGAAGUCGAGUGCCUCGGCGCCUGCGUCAACGCCCCCAUGAUCCAGAUCAACGACGACUACUACGAGGACCUCACCCCCGAGUCCGUCGUCGACCUCCUCAAGGCCCUCAAGGCCAGCGCCACUGCCACCGAUCCCUCCACCGUCAGCGUCCCCAAGCCCGGCCCCCUCAGCGGCCGAAGCACAUGCGAGAACAGCGCCGGCCAGACGAACCUGCUCGCGGAGCCCUGGGGAACCGAGACCACGCGGUCCGACUUGUAGAAUUACAAUGCAAUAUCAAUUCAUCUUUUUAAGUUCAAGGGCAUGGAAUAUCAGAGGCAGAUGAUGGAAAAAGAGCCGCGCGGGAGGAGGCAACGACUGUACAUAACACUGCCUUGAAUGUAAUCCAUGCAUGGU